UUUGAUUAUUGAGGGGUCACUCUUACAUCUUCUCCAUCAAGUGUCUCUUAUGGUUCUUCACACUUGCUAGUGAGUAUCCUACGUGAGUUCCCAAACACAGCGAAAGUUGGUCGAAAUAACUUAGAAUUGUGUCAGAUAUGCUCCAGAUACGUUCACGAAUCUUUUAGCCAAUUAGCACCAGAAAGACAAUUGAAUGAUGAUCGAUUUUGGAAACAGAUUGCAUAGCACUGAUGCUGAAUCGGAGUGACCAUGCAUCAGUCUAACAUUUUCGGGUCUUUCAAGAGCAUCGUAAAAAAUAGUCAUGAAUAGCCGCUUGAUACCAUUGUACGCGAUCGUUUUGUCGUUGCUUCUACUAUCGUCCGUUUUUCACGUCGAAGCAUCAACCGAUGUGCAAGAGUGUCCUGCUAAUCGUGUCCUGUCCCAACGCUCCAAACGCUGGAUAUUAAGCUAUCCCAUCAAUGGUGGUUUUGCAAAGAUGGUGUUUGGGUUUCUGUCCCCGAUACGGUUCCACCAUACAUUGCCACGUAGUUGCAAUUUGUCGCUCAACAUUCAGGCCAACUAUCGCAUCCUGCCCAACAUCAUCUAUCCGCGGCCAGAAUCGAUAUUCAAAAAUCGAGGCAAUAGUGAGUACACUGACACAAGCCGAAAGCAGUUCUAUGUGCUGGUGGAGAAAAUGUUAACGAGCUGGAACCGUAAUGGCCGUAGCUGUCUGUUGCGUACGAUCUGUGAGGUUGCGGAAACGUCGUUGCGACACAACGGAUUGGUUGGAGAACUGUUUGAAGUAGUUUUCACACCGCAUGAAACAGAUCAACUGGACAGUGAAUAUACGAUGGCACGUAAAUAUGGUGCGAAUGGCGUGGAUUGCAUGAGGAUGUACGCAGAAUGUCCUCUUGGGCAUGGUUUGCUCGAUACCAUCAGUGCUAUUCAAAUCUAAUAAAAGGGGUGUUGUGAAGCAACAUUUAAAUAUAAUCAUAAACAGGAUUAAAUAGUACCACAUUGUACUUAUAUGUUUUUAUGCAUAAUAGUUUAAUAGUUUUUUAAGAAUAACUGUGAAUAUGUAGAAAACGAAAGAUUUGGAGAACAUAACAUUUCUUUUAUUGUACUGUCGAAAGAGUUAUUUAAAAGUUGGUUAUAAAUAAAACAAACCGAAUUGAGUAAAAAGUGUAUUGAUAAAGAUAGAUCAACAGAGAGAUCGAAAGCAAUGAUCUCAAUGA